ACUGUAUGAAAUAAAUCUCUUUUUUUCUCUCUUUUUUUUAACAGAAAUCUUGGAGAGGUUUACCAGUUUAUUCAUGGGCUAAGUUUAACACUUCAUCAAAACAGGCAACUGAAAUUCUCUUUCACAUGCCACAGAAAAAUGGGCCAGUGAGGCCUGGACAAGAUUGGCUUGUAGACCUGGAACCAGUGGGCAUUUAUGAGAAUGGACCAUCCCAUGAUACAGUUCCAAUUAAGAUAUCAACAUACGAACACAUGUAUGGUUUUUCAAAUGGACAUCCAGACCCAGAUGUGUUUGAUGUAUCUCAAUGCUUUGCUAUGGAUUACCACUCCACAUACCUGGCAGUUGAUAUUACAGGUAGAGAAAUUGAUGAAGUUCUGAAGUUCCACCAAAAGGAGUUUAUCUCUGAAGUAAGACAGACAAUUGCCUCUGCUGCAAAAGUUUCCGUUACCAGAGUUGCAUCCAUCAAGUGGGAGGAAGGAAAAUUUAACAGAAAUACUCGUCUGAUUGUCACCUUCCAGUUGUUUGACAACAAACUCACAGGUCUUGAAGAAUCCGUUUACACAGGGCCAAGUUUGUCUGAGGCUAUUUCUAACCUCCAGAAUGCAAUAAACUCUGGGACACACAUCAUGUUUGAUGUUGUACUGGGAACCAGUCACACUGCUAGACUUGGUAUACUGGAAGGAAGUUUAUAUGAGGUCUAUACAACAAAAGCUACUGUAACAAGUGCCUCAACUAGGAAAUAUGGAGCAGGUGCCAUGGCGGGACUCGGGAUAGGAAUGCUAGUAAUAGGGGCGUUGUUAGGAUUGCUGGCUGCCUACAUUAUCUACAGAAGAUUCAAUACUGAAAUUCCAUACAAAGUCACGUAAUCUGUAAACUAAUAAUAUAAAUUCACCAUUUAUUGACCCCCAUCCCCCAACCCUGCAAAAAAGUGGCCGAUAUAUUUGAACUUUGAAAGAAUUCUUCUGAAUAACAAAUUGUUACGGAUUUUAAUUUGAUAAAAUAAUUACUAAUAUGUAUUGGCUACAUUUGAGAUUAGGUGUGUCUAUGAUAUCAAACUUUUAACAAAGAAUCUCAUUUUAUUAUCCUUGCCCUGUAGGCUUUAUGUAGUGGUCACCCUGACUUUGAUUUGUUUCAUCAAUACAUGGUGAGAUUUAACAUUUACAAAGAAAUCUUGUCUUGUAAACAUAUAGCUUGUACUGUGAGUGGGACAGAUAGGUAUUACCUAUAUUUUGCCACUUCAACAAUAAAUUGUUAUGUAGGAAAUAAAUUUUAUUUCAACUGUGUAUAAUGGCUGAUUUUGCAUUAGACUAAGUUUUUGAAAGUCAUUUACACAGUGCAAAUUAUAAAAUCACAAAGCAAUUCUAAGAACUUUGCAGAUUACUGUAUCAAACUAAAAAAGCACUUUAAAUUAUUAAAAGUGAAGUAUAUUUAACAUACAAAAAAAAGAGUUGGAACUUGUUUGAAUUCUGUAUAGAGAUUUGUAGAAUCCCAAAACAGACUUGAAUACUUUUAUAUCAAAAAUGUUAUUCAGAAAGACAAUUGAUUUUGAAAUUGUUGCAUUAAAUGUACAUUAAUUACUAUGCAAAUGUAAAUAUACGAGGGGUUAUCCAUAAAUUCGUGGACUUUUUAAAUAUGAGACUCUUUAACGUCAACGUGUAUUGUGAUGAAAAAUUAUCAGCAUACAUUGUAGAAUAUUAUCAACAUAUUUUGAAAGGAACAGUUAAUUGUGUUAAUAAAUUAUUAUUUUAUAUUGCUUUUAAAUAAGUACAUACAGGGCAUCCGGCGCACAGUAGUAAAGCGCAGUAAGUCUUCGUAUAUUUCUUGCUAAAAAACUAAAAAAUUAACGUAGAAAACCCGCUGAACAUGGCAUGUUUCUUCUAUGAUGUCAUUUAAGUAAUUCUUUAAAAUAAUGGACGUCAAUUCCGUUUAUUAUUGUUGAUAUCGCAGGAAACGCCAAACGCCUUUAUUGUUUACAAUGGGAAAAUGACGGACACGCAGUAAUUAGAAAAUCGCAUGAUCAUAAACAAUCAAAAAUUUUUUUUGUAAUUUGGAAAUUAAUGACACCUACAAAAACAUUUACUAAAAAUCAGCAGACGAACAGAGAAAAGAAAAUUUCACGAUCAUUUGUGUUAAAGUGGCAUAAAAAGUUUAGUGAUGGACAUAACUUUGAGAAGCAGUAACCGUCAUUGACUGCGUAACUUUGAAGCACAAGUUGUAUGUUAAUAUUAUGACGUUGACGUCAAUAACUUUUUGGAGUGCGCCACUGUUGCCGACAUGUGUGUAUGUAAAAUUAAAUAUUGUUGUAAUGUUAGAAGCUACUCACAUGAAUUUUUCUGUGUUUAUUCGUUAUUCAUUCUUCUAAGCAGUGUAAGAAUUUCAAAUCAUUAUCUCAAAUAUAUUUUACGCAACAAACAAAGUCCACGAAGUUUUGGAUAACCCCUCGUAUGUGUGUUAAAUAAGAAUCGGCAAAAUAUAUUUUUUCUUUUAUAUUGAAUAUUAUAUGAUAUGAAUCGCUUUUUAUUUGCUGUGAAAUUAUUAGUGAUUUGUUUGUGUGAUGAAAUAUUUUUCAUAGAUUAUGAAAUGGAAGGAAACGAUUAUUACAUUUUAUUUGUAGCGCAAACUAUUUUCUGACUGUAUUUACUACAAGCUGAAUGUUGGAAAUAAUACAAUCAUUAUAUUAUGAGAUUUUAUUUUUGAAUUAUUUAUUCAGUGUGUUGUGUUUUAAUCAGAUUUUAUUACUGCUUUUGUAUUCAUUCAUCAUCAUAUUCUAGACACUUUUCAUGAAGAAGCAUGUUAAUAAUUUUGAAUUUUAUUUAUAAUUCACAAAAAAUUGGGGCUUAAUACUACUUGCAGAAGCAAUAGCCAGGGCAUAUGAGGUCUUAUUUCUUUCAAUUUUUCUGAAACCAUGACAGUGAUUCAAACAAAACUUUGGGAUUAUUAACAAAAUUAGGUCAUUGUCCAAGACUCAUAACUCUAGCAUUGAUUUUUAUGGAAUUAUUUUCUUUUUUGUAAAAUUCAAAAAAUCAUAAUGAAAAUUUUGCUUGCAAGAUUUUUUUCAACAAUUUAAGAUCUACAAUUUAAACAUACUGGAUAUAAUAUCAUAUUUUGUUUUUCUGAAUUAUUCUUCUAAUAUUUACUGGGAUAUUUUCUAUAUUGCCCUUUAAUAAACUAUCAAACUUUAAAAAUAGUCCAGAAUGCUGUCAGUCUGAUGGUUUCUCAUGUUUUAAUCAGCUGGUCUGAUUGCCUGGUUGGUAAGUCGCUUUUUAUUUUAUACAGAAAGAGAUUCUUUUGACAAUACUGAACCAUGCAAUAACAAUAUAUACAGUAAACUCCACUUAUAAUAAAAACUGUUAUAUUGAUUUACCACAUGGAAAGAUACUAUUACUGCGUUUCCAACUCUUGAUUUCAAAUUGGUUUCCUCACGGGUAUAACUAUCUGGUUUCCUAUCUGGAUAUAAUGAAAAUACAUAAAUUUGGAUAUCUCUAUACGCGGAGUUUACUAUACAUUCAUAUUUUUAUUACCAUUUAACUGUAUAUUUUCAUAUCAUCGCUCUGUGAUAAUAAUAACAAAACACAUUCCAAUAAAAUUUUACUUUUUAUAAGUUUUAUGUAUGUUGUUUGUAUAUGUAUAUAAUAAGUUAUCAUUAAGAGGUGGCUGCAUGGAGGCGAAAAUGACUGCCACAAAUUCAUAUUUAGGGCAGUCUUAAAGAUCCUUUAAGUUUUUAUGGUUUUUGUGUCGCCUCUACGGAGUAGUGGCGACAUAUAGGGAUCACUUCUCCGUCGUCUGUCCGUCACAAAACUUGUCCGGACUACUCCUCAUAAACUACUGGUGCAAUUUCAUCCAAACUUUACAGGAAUGAUCAGUACCAAGUCUAGUUGUGCAUAUUGUCAGCAUUUCCCGGUUCAAUGAUUUUUGUCAGAGUUAUGGCCCUUUAAUAAUUUUCAUUUUUAAAGUUUGUCCGGACUACUUCUCUUAUACCACUAAUGCAAUUUCAAUGAAACUUUACAGGAUUGAUCUGUAGCUCAAGUCCUUGCGCAUAUUGCACGGGUUUUCCGGUUGAAUGAUUUUUGGCCGAGUUAUGGCCCUUUGAUAAAAAGGUGUUUUUUUCUGUGUGUUGCCAGAUACACAAAAGCUUGUCAGGACUACUCCUCAUGAACUACUGGUGCAAUUUCAUCCAAACUUUACAGGAAUGAUCAGUACCAAGUCUAUUUGUGCACUGUCCGUCUGUCUGUCCGUCUGUCACAAAACUUGUCCCAACAUGAAAUUGGCCAUUAUGAGGCGACACAUGUGAUCACUGAUCGCUCUUGUAUAUCAUAAAUAUGAUGCUCAAUUUAAGAUUUAUGUAUGUUAUAAGUUCCAAAAAGUAUUAUUUAUAAAGAUAUUACAAAAUUUAACAUUCCAAGUAAAUAAAGGGAGGUAAUUAGAAAUUUAUUUUCUAUAAAGUCUAACAAUAAGAAAUGAAUGCAUAUAUUUUAAUGAUUACAUAUAAUGUGCACAAAUAUUUUCAGUACAUAUUUUACAAAUUCUUUGAAAAUUCUUUUAUAAGCAUAAUUAUAUACAUAUAUAAAAUUUCACAUAAGUGUGGUACAGUCAACCUUAAUUACAACAUACAGGAUCUUUAAAACAAAAACCAAACUUUUUGUUGUUACAGUAUAUGAAUUAAAACCAAAAAUGACCACUUCAAAUAAAUAAAUGUCAAAGCAAAUUUUUAAAUGACAACCCAGAUUCAUGCAUAAUUAAUACUGUCACAUUUUUGUUGUGAUUUAAGGCCAUACCAAAUUGAAAAGUUUUAUGUCAGAGUUAUAGAAUAAAUAGUUUUAUUACAUGUAUAGUCUCUGUUUGAUGAAGGUACAUACCCUGGGUGAAAAAGAGUAACUGUUGUUUUUUGUUAAAAAAUGCCCUGUUUUGAAGCAGUAAAAUCUGGAGAUGGAAAUUUUGAUAUAUAAAAAUUAGUCUUUGGUAUGGCUUUGACAACUUUGAAAUUGUCUUUUUACAAAACUGAUUGUUAUAUGCAUCUUUAUGGCUUUUGUUGUUGUUUUUUGUUUCUUAUUCAAAUUUCAAUAAUUUUUGUAUCUGUUUGUUUACAAGAGGUUAAAUUGAUGUAAUUAUCUUGUGAAUCAGAAAUCCUCAGUUGAAUCUCAGUAGAAAAUAGUAGAAAUCCCUUAAUAUUUUACAUUUUGUUUGUUAAAUUUGUUUUUCUGUCGUUUUAAUUUAAUGCCAAUUUUAACCCAUUUUUUGUGUCAUAUCUAAGUGGGCAGAGCACCUUAAGUCGGCUUUCCUAGAUAACUAACUUAAACCAAUAAUUACUGAUUUCUCUGCAGCUGCUAGUACGGACUACUUGUAUUAACACUUGAAUGGACAGAUUAGUGAUUUUUGUAAACAAUCUACUAUGCAAUAAAUAAGUUUUUUUUCUGAUUUUAGAAUAUUUUUGUAUAUUUUUUUUUGAUAAAAUCAAUGUACAAAUAUAUUGAUGCUGUUUUUUUUAUAAAUUGCAUCUGUUUAUAUUAUACAUAUGCAACUGUGAAUAAUUUCUGCACAUUUACCAUACAUGUUUUUAUGCCUUUUUUGUAUACACAAUUUUACUCCUGUUUUAACUUUGCAUAAUCUCAUAAUGUUAACUUUUUUAUUAUUCUUACAAAUAAAGUUUUACUAAAAA